CUCCCUCUUACCUCGUUCAUCCAACUCGCCUUGCGCCAGGCUCACUUAGCAAGGCAGCCGUUCCCCUUUCCCCAAGUUUUGGUCAGCCCUUAACUUGUCUCAUCAGACAACAUGGUUACCACAGCAUUCCCAGCUCCAUCCAGGAUGUUCGUCUUCCUGCCUCCAUAAGCGAGACCAUUACCAAGAGCAAUGGCUCGCGCGGGGUUCCGACCACUCUCUCAGUCAUCAUCUACGGUCUCUACCUCUGGUCAAUCAUGACCAGCGAACUGUUCCAUCAUAUUUUGAUAGCCAUCAUGCCUCCCUCUCCCCGCACCUGUCUGAGUAUGCCCCAACCAUCCAUGAGGGGCUCGACCUGGGCAUCUUCGAUGAGGGCUUGUGCAUGGGGCAGCCGCCAUUAAACCUGGAUUUCUUCCAGCCUCCUCCGCCUCUACCAGCGGAAGAUUUGACACAGGGUCAUGAUAUAUCCAUUGACUUUCCCGAGCAAUUCUUCCUCAAUCCUUUCGCCGUGUCCUUCCCUGGCGAUCUACCUUGCUCGAUGCCAUUGACCAUAGAUCCAGCAACGGACUCAUUCACCAUGGCAUCGUCGACCACUUCCCCGGCACUCUCUUCUUCCCUGUCGUUCCCCGUCAGUGAUGGGAAAGAACUGAAUGUCCAGCCUUCCCCUCCCACAGACAAGAACACUCCAAGGUCUACCUCAAUCUUGGAUCUGGACAGCAGACCUGUUGGUGUACGAGGUGUUGUUAAGGCAAAACCUAGUAAGCCAUCCACGACAUACCGCAACGAGAUUCAAUUUGUGGAUAUGGCGGAUAAGAAGGGUGCCCAACGAAUUCGAAAUACCAUGAAUUCACGACGCCACCGCCAGAACAAGUUGGACAAGAUCCGCGAAUUGGAGCAAAAACUGGAGGCUCUUGAGGCGGAGAAGGAUAAAUGGCAAAGCCGAGCCAUGGGUAAUGGCUCGGUCUUUUGAAUAGGUACCAUGUAUUUUGUAUGAUCAAAAUGAUGAUACCAAUGAUGUCUUGCCAAAGCUCACGGGCUCCUGAGUUGCACACAGUAGUAGUUCCCAUUCCCUUCUGACCCUCGCCUGACAUGUAUUGUAGCAUUAUUUCCGUUUAAAUCGAUGCGGUUAAGAGCGCCCGAAAUAGGAAUCCACUCAAAUGGGCCAUCGCUCCUUCCGGUCCUUGAACUAAGAUCUGAUUGGCUGUCAUUCAACCUCCAAAUCUUCACCUCCAUCUCUCUAAUUCCAACAGUUAUGUUCAAUUACUCGCAACUCCCCAU